CUUCACUAUCACGCGAUAACAUCCACAUGAUCCCAUUCACUGAUACACGUGGAGACUUUACACGCGUACCACCUAUUUACAGUCCACCUAAUAUAACUACAAACUCAGCCCAACCAACUGGAUCUAAUAUUUCUGAGACUGUGCCUAAAUCGAAAGUACCAUCUCGAAGAGGCAGACGAUCAAAUGUUCCACCUGAGAUCAGAGAGCAAACACGUCGUUUGAAGAAACAAAAUAUGGAACGUAGACGACGUGCAUGUAUCUCAGAUAAAAUGAAUGCACUGCAUAAUUUGGCUAUGAAUCUGAUUGGAAUUGAUCCUGAAGAAAAUCAUAAAGUGGAGAAAGCUGAUAUAUUAAAUCUCUGUCACACUGUAUUCGAAGGAAUAGUAAAAAUUGUGAAUGAUGAUCCUCAAUUGAAAUCACGUUUAAAGAAAUUACGCAACAACUUGAAUGAAUCAUUCACGUGUCCAUCAAUGUCAUCAACGAAGAAGACUAUGCCCUCAUUAAGUACUGAUGAAACUAUGCAGAAUUCCUUAAAAUUAAAACAAGAGAAUACUUCUAUGAAUAUACAUAAUGAUAAUUUGCACCAUAGUCAGAAUUCGAAUUUAGAUCGUAUUCAGCUGUUCAAUGCACAACUAAAACAAUCAUCCCCUUCAUCAUUUCACCUAUCAAGUUGUACAGAUUUUUAUCAAAGAUUUAAUGAAGAGAAUAAAGAAAAUCAAGGCAUACAAUUAUAUACAGAAAAUUCCCUGUCAUUCGAUAAAGACUGCUCAUCUAUUGCUCAGCCGACCAGUUCAAUAGCAAAUCCUUUAUUACUAUCACCACCAGCACCGUCAUCAUCGUUUUAUUCUUGUUCGACACCGAUGAAUAACAAACACCAGAAAUCGGGUAUGUAUUCCCAUGGAAAUAGUGUCUUCACACAAUAUCACUCAACACCAUUAAAAUCUACUGGAAUGACUCAUUCAUCAUUCAUCAACUCUGAUAGUGGUUAUCACAGUAGUGGUUAUACUACUAACAGUAAUAUGUAUAACAAUGAAUCCGAUAUCAAUAUUACUUCUAUUGAUGCUUCUACGAGUGAACUAAAUGUUAUUCAGUCAUCAAAUGGUACGUUAUUAAGUAAUCCUAUGACAGUCAUGACAUCGUCGUCGUCGCCAUCAACAUCCCUGUUGCAAGUCAAUUCAUCAUCAUCUGCCUUCAAGGUACCGAAAAAGAGACUGACUGAUCGUCAUUCUAAUAAUAAUAAUAAUAAUAUGACUGGCAAUAUUCACAUUCCUAUGACGACAAAUACCAAUAAUACUAAUAACAGAACUAUGAAUUCCACGAAGCCUAAUUUUCCACCACUACCACCAAUGUGGAGACCAUAUUUAGAUUAGAUUAGAUUAUAGAAUAAUUUCAGCUUAACUUUUGUACAGCAACUGAGCUAAAUACUACUUUGACAUUUAUUUAUUUAUUCUACAGCUAAUUACUUUCUCACCUCUUAUGAAGUGAAAUUGAACUAAGUAUCCUGUACAGACUUUAACAACUUCCCUUCUAAUUUUUUUUUGUACUUAUCAAAUAUAGGCGUUUUAUAUCUUUU